AUGAUUUACGAUUGGCGAUCACCACAUUCUGGUGGAUACAAAUGGAAUCCACUUCGUGACCAAUCCAUUUAUAAACAUUUUGUUAACUAUUUCCCAGUGAAAUUGCAUAAAACCGCUGAAUUACCCGCCGGGAAGAACUACUUAAUCGUUUCACAUCCACACGGAAUAAUUGCAAUGAGCACCGUGAUAAAUUUCUGCACUAAUGCAACAGGAAUACAGGAAAAAUUACCAUUAAUGAAUAUAAAAGUAUGCACAUUAAUGGGCCAAUUCUUGGUACCAUUGCGCAGAGAACUAAUCUUACUUCAUGGAAUGAUUAGCUGCAGUAAAAAUAGUCUAAAACAUUUACUUAAUAUUGAAAACCAAAUCAACAAUAUCGUUGUCCUAGUUGUUGGCGGUGCAGAAGAGGCACUCGAUGCUUAUCCAGGUUCUCAUAUCCUCACGCUAAAAAAUCGCAAAGGUUUUAUUAAAACUGCUCUCGAAACUGGUGCUCAUCUUGUUCCUUGUUAUUCAUUUGGUGAAACCGACUUAUAUCAGCAAGCUUACAAUCCACCAGGCUCAACUAUACGCAAUAUUCAAACACGACUCAAGAAACUUUUCGGUUUUUCGCCACCAUUAUUUUAUGGAAGAGGAAUAUUUAAUUGUAAUUUUGGUUUUCUUCCGUACAGGAAAGCAAUAAAUACAGUUAUCGGUGCUCCGAUACCAAUUGAUAAGAAAAAGAAUCCGUCAAAAGAAAAGGUCGAUGAGCUUCACAAACUUUAUAUCAACAAACUGAUCAAUUUAUUUGAAGAUCAUAAAACAAAAUUUGGUGUGCCAAAAGAAACUAAGCUUAUAAUUAAAUGA